AUGAGCCAGUUCACUUUUGACAUCCAACCAUUGAACCGCUUUGUCGGUUCAAAUACUACCAUCCGACGGCCCAAAAUCAAUCGACAGGAAAUCACAUGCUUCUCCUAUGAUCGAGAACGCCAAUUCUCUUUAGGAGAAUCAUCUCUGCAGUAUUAUUACCCGCCAAGUCUGCCAGCUGAUUUGAAUCUGGGAUAUAAUACAUUCCAAAAGCUCAAUGACGCUGGUGAUGAGCAUCUCGAUGCAUUGCUAGAUACCAUCACUGCACUAGAGAAAGAUACGCAAAAGAAAUGUGAGGCUGAUAUCGUCACCUGGCGAGGAAUGAUGACCAAGAUAUUGGCAGCUCCUUAUGAUAUGAUGAAUGGCUUUGAGAUGAACGCUACAUGCUUCCAGGGUACAAUCUUUAUCGAAGAAAACAACGCAUACAAGAAUGAACAGAAAGAAAUUCAGCGAAAACAAAGAAUGCCACCAGGCAUGGCAUCGCAGGAAAUGAUGAUGUACUGGGGUUAUAAAUUUGAGGUCUUGUCUGUUCUCCCACGCCCAUGGGAUUCGAACACUCGUGAAGAGAUCGAAACGCGACCAAAUGAGGUUGUCAAUAACAGCGCGCAGUACUGCUCGGUCGUCAAAACUGGAAUUGGGAACACACGCAUGAUUCUUGGGGGUGAAGUCGAUGCCGUGUGGGACUGUAAACCAGAGAGAAAGGAAGAUCCUAUUCACUGGGUCGAGCUGAAAACAUCAGCAGAGAUUCGUAACGAGCGAGACAUGCUUAAAUAUGAGCGAAAGUUGUUGAAAUUCUGGGCGCAGUCCUUCUUGCUCGGUGUGCCUACGAUCAUCGUUGGAUUUCGGGAUCAAGACGGCAUCUUGCGCCGCCUAGAGGAGCUAGAUACAGCCAGUAUUCCUGGCAAGGUCAAGAAAAUCGGAAAAGGUUCCUGGGAUGGGAACAUUUGUAUCAACUUUGCUGCUGCAUUCUUGGACUGGCUCAAGCAAACUAUUCAGGAGGACGGGAUUUGGAAGAUUCGGAAACGUGAGAAGUCUCCAGUCAUCGAGGUGAUCAAAGUUGAAGAGUCAGGGCAUGGUGGUAUACUUUCACCAGCAUUUGAAUCCUGGCGAUCAACCAUGCAGUAG